CCCUUUGUAUUCUUCUUCCAGAGCAUAUUCGAAAAGUCUUCCCCCAAAAAAGGAAAGAUCAAAAAUCCUGAAAUCGCCGAUGGGUGAAGGAGAGAAGAAGGCAGUCGCCGUCGUGGUGAUGAAGCUUGAUAUGCAUUGCGAAGGCUGUGGGAAGAAAAUCAAACGCCUCUUGAAACAUCACAAAGGCGUGGAAGAUGUGACGAUUGAUUACAAAGCCGACGAGUUGACGGUGAUCGGAAACGUAGAUCCCGCGGCGGUUCGAGAUAAAGUGGCCGACAAAAUUAAGAGGAAAGUAGAGAUUGUAUCAACAUUGGCGCCGAAGAAAGAGGAAGGAGAGAAGAAAGCUACUACUCCUCCUCCUCCUUCUCCUGCUCUACCAAAAGAGAGUACGGUGGUUUUUAAGACGAAACUUCACUGUCAAGGUUGCGAACACAAAAUCAAAAGAAUUGUCGGCAAAAUUAAUGGGGUUAGUACAGUGGCCAUUGAUAGCGCCAAGGACUUGGUGAUAGUGAAUGGGAUCAUUGACGUUAAACAACUCCUUCCUUAUCUCAACGAGAAGCUUAAACGCAAGGUCGAAGUCGUUCCCUCGAAAACAGAGGAAGGAGCCACCGGGGCAGCUGGUAGCGAGAAGGACAAAGGUGCUGGUGAAAAGAAAGAUAAUAAAGAUGUCGGAGAAAAGAAAGAAAGUGGUGGUGAAAAGAAGAAAGAAGUACCCCCAGACGGUGGUGCUACGGUGGAUGUGAAGAAUUCUGAGUAUAGCGGUUAUGGUUAUCCGCCUCAGCCCAUGUAUUACUACCCACAAGGACAAGUAUACGGUCAACACUACAUGAUGCAAGGUCAAUCAUCAUCUCAAUCCUAUGUUCAAGAACCGUAUACAAACCAAGGAUACGUACAAGAAUCUUAUGCAAACCAAGUGUACGGCCAACACUACAUGAUGCAAGGUCAAUCAUCAUCUCAAUCUUAUGUACAAGAACCGUAUACAAACCAGGGAUACGUACAAGAAUCUUAUACGAAUCAAGGUUACGGUCAAGGGUAUGGACAAGAAGCAACACCACCACAACCGUACCAAGGGUAUGGAGAUCCUUAUGAUCCAUAUGCUCAUAUGCGUGCUCCUGGGAUGUUUAGUGAUGAGAAUCCAAAUGGUUGUUCUAUUAUGUGAGUGAAAUGAGAGUGGGGCCGGGGUCAUUGUAAAUAAUAAAAGGAAUAUAGGGAGAGAAUGAUAGGUAUGACAAAAUUGUAAUACUAAACCCGCGAGAUUGGCCGGUUUAGAACCGGUUUUUGAGAGGCGUGUGUUGGUUCUUAUUUGUUGGUCGGGUCUAUUGGCUAUAUAUAUACUAGUUUUCUUCUAUUAUAAGAUUGAAUCCUCCU